CUCCUGGCUGGCAGCUAGCUAGUCUUUGGAAGGCUCGCCGCCAUAAUCAUUUUGAGCAUAAGCCAUAACUAAUACUUACCACUGGGACUGACUCAGCAGCACGAACAAAUCCUGUGAAAGCAUUAGUUCACGCAGCCCAGCGGCGAGACAACGAAAGCUGAACUGCAAAAGGCUCUUCCGGACAGCAUCAGGCUGGCACAUUAUUAGCACAAUGUACCAGUAUUACUAGUGGCAAUCCAGCCUAGCCAAGAGCUCAUUUCCUAGUGUUCGACGAGAAUCAUGGUGAGCGCCGCGGCGUCAGUUUUAGCGCUUGUGGUCCUGGCAUGGCUUCUUCCGAAGCUUGCCAGGUAUGUUCGGCGUCACUACUACCUGGCCAAGCUGCCUGCUAUUCAAUUUCACGACCGACACUGGCUGUUGGGUAACUUUCCGAGCGUAGUGGAUCGGGUCAAGGUGUUGUAUGAGGUCACACCGCGUUACACACAGGAGCAGCACCGGAUUCGGCGCUUUGAGGUUGGCCUGUUCAGAGCACCAGCAGUGAUGGUUAGUGACCCGGAGACAGUGGCUGAGGUCCUCCGCACGGCGUCGCCCAAGCACCAGUUUGCAUAUUCCAAUCUACUCCCAUUCAUUGGCGAUGGCCUGUUGCUGAGCAGUGGCACGAAGUGGGCGAGAGACCGCCGACUGCUGACCAACGCAUUUCACUUCAACAUCCUACAGGAGUACACACCGUUGCUGCAUGACUCCUGUCAGGUACUGCUGGAGAAACUUGCACAGCAUGUCAGUGACGCUGAGACGCAGAACAAGGCAUUUGACUUCUCCGAGGCGUGCUGCUUGCUCACUCUGGACGUGAUACUUCGCUGCACAAUGGGCUACGAAUCCAACUGCCAGCUGCAAGAGUCUGAGUAUACUGUGGGUGUGCGCGCGGCAACAGAUUACAUUGUUAAACGCAUGAUGUCGGUUGGAGCACUCAUGCCCAACUUCAUCUACUUCAUGACGAAGGAUGGCGCCAACUUUAAGAAGAUCUGCGACAUGUGUCACGAAUUCUCUGCUGGCAUCAUUGAGCGCAGGGUAAAGGAGCUAGAAGAAGAUGGCAGUCUGGCUCCGGGAAGUCCUGCUCACCAAACUGACACUAUGACGCUAAUCAAGAAGGGCAAGCUGAGCUUCGUGGACAUACUGCUGACUCUGAAGGACGAGGACGGCACCAGUGCAGGGCUCAGCAAUGCGGAAAUCCGCGACCAGGUGGAUACGUUCCUCUUUGAAGGUCAUGAUACAACGUCCAGCGCUAUGCAGUGGAUGUUUUACUACUUAGCCAAGCAUCCUGAUAUCCAAGAGAAGUGCAGGCAAGAAGCCGUGACUUACGCCAAUGCCGAUGGCUUUGUUUCGCAUGAGGACUUAGGCAAGCUGAAGUUCAUCAACCAAUGUAUCAAAGAAGGAUUGCGAAUGACCAGCACAGUGUCCUAUAUUGAGCGGCAGACUAUGGAUGACAUGUACAUCGGUGGCUACUUCAUUCCUGCCAAUUCCAUUGCCACCGUGGACAUCUUCUCACUCCAUCAUAACCCCAGUGUCUAUCCAGACCCAUACACGUUUGACCCAAGCCGGUUUUCAGAAGAGAAUGCUGCCGGUCGUCACCCCCAUGCACUCGCCCCGUUCUCAGCUGGCCCGCGAAACUGCAUCGGCCAAGCACUAGCCAUGAACGAGCUGCGGAUGACGGUGGCCAGUGUCCUGGUGCGCUUUGAUUUGGCUGUAGACCCCAGCCUACCCGAGCCACUAUACAAUGACGCGCUGAUCGUGAGAGCCGAGAAUGGCAUCAAUCUUCAGGUCAAGAGCCGUUAACUAACUUGGUCAGAUUAUGAGUAUGACUCAUGCAUCGGCUUAACUUAGCCAUGUAAAUCCAAGGCAAGUCGUCCAUAGAAAUGAUAGAAUAUUCAUUCUCAUGGGAGUAUGGUCAACUCAAAGCAAUAUCCAGCGUCCGUGUUCUGUAGAGUUUAGUCGACAUUGUUACAGCUGGUAUUGUACAAUUUAUUAGCAUUUCCGGUGGUGUGUCUUUAAUGGCAUGUCGGUGCUCAGAGCACAUAUCCGGGAAACCGCAGAAUUCAGCAGUUGUAUUCACCCCUUACAGUAUGUUGACGUACUGCAUGUCAUGUAUUCCUAGAUGGUCCUUUCUUGAUUACACUACAUUUUGCAAUCAUGUGGAAUAUUCUGAAUGCAUUUCCUCUGUAUCUCUUCUUUCUCGGCUUGUCAUACUUUACCUUGAUCACUUCCCAUUUCCAAAAAAUUAAAAGGGGAUUUCAAUUCGGCAAUUUUUAGAUGUUUCUUGGUCACUCUCGUGACGAAAUACCGACGCAAGCACUGAACAUGAAAGAAUGCAUUUAUGUCCCUGUUCGAUUGCAUUCUGCGGCGUCACAAGUUCAGAAUGCUAUUCUCGACGACCAAACAUCUCUUAUAUCUAUAUGCUAUUCCGUGGUGGCAGUGAGUAUUUCCUUCAGACUUUUCCCAUUUCAACUCCCUCCACCUUAGGAAUACUUGAAUUUCUAUUUUCUUAUUUUCCGAGUUCAAAUUCCUUGAGUGAUGGAUCGUCAAAUACUUUAUUUUUUUAAUGGAUAUCCAUCUUGACCUUGGCCAUCCGG